CAAAUUGAAGUCGUAUGAUCUGAGUUUUUGUUGUGAGGCUGUUUGUGUCUUCGUCUCUCUGCUCGGCUGAGUUCAGGGGAAUCGUCUCUGCUCAGAAUGAACCUCACAGAAGCUCGCUAGUGUUCGUUAUUCUGCACGUGACCCGCACGCCAUGCACGUGCCACGCUCUGCUCACAGACCCACCCGCAGCUGAGCCCCCCCCACUAAAUUCAACUUAGAGCUCCAGUCCCCCCCCCCCCCCCCCCCCCCCCAUCACCAUCAUGGAUCCUGUCCCGCAGCCCAGCCCUCUGCUCUCCCAGCCCAGUGCGGAGUACUUCCAAUGGGACCUUCGCCUCCAGCUCAUCGGUCUGGGUUUCAGCUUCUAUGCAGCAGUCUUCCUCCUCUCUCACCUCCUGUCCCUGGCUCUGUCCCACACCUACAAUUCGCUCCUCGCCAAGGAGAAGGUCUUCUGGAACCUGGCAGCCACCCGGGCGGCGUUCGGCAUCCAGAGCACCGUGGCCGGUCUCCAGGCGCUGACUGAGCACUCCAAUUUGACCAGAGACAAAGUGAGAGGACAGGAGGACUGGUCGUGGUUCAACGUCCUCACAGCCACGGGGUUCUUCAUGUUUGAGAAUGUUGCACUACACGCCUCCAGUGUGGCAUUCAGGUCAUUCGACCUCCCACUGGCGACACACCAUUUCUUCGCCCUGUCAGGGUAUGCGGGGGCGGUGGUGUGGGACUCCCUUGGCCACUACCUGCCGAUGGUUACGCUGCUGCUGGAGAUAAGCACGCCGUUCACCUGUAUAUCCUGGAUGUUACUGAAGGCCGGCUGGGCACGCACCCUGAUCUGGAGAGCUAACCAGUGGGUGAUGAUCCACAUGUUCCACUGUCGCAUGGUGCUCACCUACCACCUCUGGUGGGUAACCUUCACCCACUUGGGGGAGAUGAUCACCCACGUGGCCCUGCCCCAGCUCCUGCUUUUCUUCACUGGCCUUGCUCUGCUUACGCUCAUCAUCAACCCCAUCUGGACGCACAAGAAGACCAUGCAGCUGCUCAAGCCUGUGGACUGGAACUUUGAAAACAAGCCAGCUACCUCAUACAGGGCUGCGGACAGCCAGUCCGGGGCUUCCAUCAAACCUCAUGCCAGCUGAGGGCAACUGAGGAGGUCCUUUCUUAUCUGACCGAUGCCAUGUUUGCAUUUACUUGUUAUUCUUUUAAGACGGAUGUUUGAAGUUACUUUUAACAUGAGGAUAGUAAAAUGGAUAUUUUCAAGACUCAUUAUUUUUAAAACAACACAAUCUAGUUUAUAAAACGUGUUUGAAAUCAUUUGGAGUCUUAAUAUUUGGAGAGUGGCGUCUCUCUCCCACAUCGUCUGGAUUUGCUCUAUGUUACUCUGGUGUAUCGUGCAGAAACAAUUGCAACAAGCUUCACGACUAAAGAGAAAGUGACAGUGUAAGAAACCAAAACCAGACUGAAUAUCGGCUUAAAGACAAAAGCAUGCAGGACAGAUGCUGACCCUGUUAAUAAUCAGGUCUCCUGAUAAAUAACCUUUGAGGCUAACUGGCUGUUUUGGGUGUGGGUGAAGUCAUAUAUAUGAAAUCCGGCUUGCCUGCAGAGGAGAGUUAAAAAUGCUUUCAGGCAAUUUAAUCAGUGUGUUUGUAUUUGUUUUAUUUUUAUGCUCUGCCGUCAACUUGUGUUUAUGAAACUGAUAAACGCAUUUGUCAUCCCUUUCACCUGUCGGUGGAUCUUGAGUGUAGCCGAGAGCAAUUCUUACAUUGUCUUGCUUUUAGUCUCUGCUCUGAAACCCACCUAGAUAAACAUUGCCUCCCAUCAGGUUUUUACUUUCUGACAGAUUUCAUUUAGGUUUUAGUUUUUUUAAUAAUCUUAAGAAAAGAAAAAAAAAUUACAACUGGUUUGCUCUUCAAAGGUAUAUGUGGUUAUGUAAGGCAGUGGAAUGGGUCCCUGCUUGCAUGUGUCACCUCCAAACACCGGAUUGUUAAAGAUCCAUUCUUCCAUUUUAAGUCCAGUUUAUUCACAGGAGGGCAAAUAUACAACACAGCAAAUCCAGCAAGAGCCAUUCAAAAGUACAAACAUAAAAAAUUGAAUUCUGUUUACUCUAAUGAAAAAUCCGCCCACAGGGUUAACUGAUUUGACUUAUUGUGCAGAAGAAAUGUAAGUGUUGUCGGACCGUUUGAAGCUACUGUAC